GUGGGGAACAGUGUGCUCCACGGAUCUUGAUGCCAAAUCUGGAGAAGUGAUUUGCAAACAAAUGAAAUGUGGACCAAUAAAAUAUAUUUAUCCUGGCUCAUAUCAAUUUGGAAAAGGACUUGGACCUAUAUGGUUGGAUGAGAUUGAAUGUACAGCACACGAAUCGACCCUUUGGCAGUGUGAGUCACAACCGUGGGGAAAACACCAGUGUGACCAUUCGCAUGACGGAGGAGUUGUAUGUGAGGAAUCCAACAUGACGGAAGGAUUCACUGAAAAAGCCUGCUUGCAAGAAAACACAUUCUCCUCUUUCCCUUCAGAAGAUGUUCCAUUGCAACUUGUUGGCGGCAGUCACAGCUGCUCCGGAAGGCUUGAGGUACAAGUUAAUAAAAGUUGGGGCACGGUGUGUGACGACUCUUGGGAUCUGGCCGAUGCCAAUGUAGUCUGCAGACAACUAGGAUGUGGCCUUGCUCUCUGGCCUCCCGAAGAUGUUAACAUGACCCAGGGAGCCGCUGAUGUCUGGCUUGAUGAAGUAAAAUGCACCGGAAGUGAAUCGUUUCUGUCCAGCUGUCGUUCCUCACCAUUUGGUCAACACGACUGUGAUCACAAAGAAGAUGUCAUCGUUCUUUGUUCUGGUUCCAGAGUGUCUCCUACUGAACGCGACAAUUCAGCUUUAGGAAACUGGACCCCAUCUAUCAUGGUUACUGUCUGCAUAACUCUUGGAAUUAUAUUCAUCAUUGAGUUUUUAAUACUGUUCACGAUAACGUGGAGACGAUCAGCAAUCAGUGGUACACUAAUGAGUGGCCAAGGAUUACCUGUUGACUUUUACCAAGCAAUUUAUGAGGAAAUUGAAAAUAUUCCACCAUUCAAGAAUUUUUCUGAGAUGCAAGAUUCAGUUACUGGAUCCACUCAUUCCGUCAAUGAAGUCGAAUAUUACACCAACGACUAUAUAUAUAGUACAUGUCAUGCUCCACAAGACCCUGAAGAGCCCAAGUCCUAGAUUCGCUUGCAUCUGGCUUUCCGUGUUUUCUCUUCGACUGACAGUAACGAUGAAAUGAGCGACAACAGUUCAGGAAUUCCAAGUCACUUGCUGCUCGAAUGGUCAACGGUUAAUUCCCAUCCUUCACAUCAGCCCGAUGAAGACCGAAAAACAAACUGUGCCCCCUCUUGCUUGCACUUUCUAUACGUUAUUGUCUGUGAA